GUGUAAAAGAAGCACGUAAAUUUAAAGUACAUUUAAAUUACAUUUCUCCUUUGUUAUAAAGAACAUUAACUAAUGACGACAAAUAACCAGCUAAAAACGUAACAUUAAAAGACCCUAAUAUAAUAAAUUCUUCCCAAGUUUGCAUUGAUAAAAAUAUGUUUGAAAAAUUACUGCAGUGAGAAAAUACGCUUAAGGAUAAUAGCCUCUGUGAUGAAGAGUUUACUACGGCGAUCACAACUUGUUAUUAUUAUGCUCGAUGUUUCAAACAUUUUAAAAUAGGAAAAAGGAGUAGGGUAGACAGGUUGAUGAGGCAAAACAUUCUACGAACUUACAAACUGAUAAGAAGAGCGAACGAACCAAGUGUUGUCAGGGGCAAGAAAAGUAUUUCAAGACUUUUUCACAAUAGAAAACGAUAGCUAGAUGUUCAAAUAUGUGUCAUUUAAUGUCACAGGAUAAUAUUGAUAGUUCGUAUAAUUAUAAUGGUAUUACGUGGUACUUUACCUCCUUUAACUAAUGCAAGAUAUAGAGAAAACACAACACGAACUCGAGUGCAAUUAAAAAAGCCAUUAGGAUUCACGGCUAAAGACUCUUACAGAUAUAGAGCACGGAAGAAAAUGAAUGAUCUACCUUUCAUACCUCAUGCUGAUUCAAAACCAAAAGUUGUUUUGUUUUACAAAAAUGGUGAUCGUAAUUUUCGAGGAUAUCAUGUAACAGUGACUCCUAGAAGGUUUAGAAACUUUGACAACCUUUUAAAUGAGUUAACUCGUGUGACAAAUUUACCACAGGGUGCUAGGUUUAUUUUUACACCUGAUAGUGGGAAUCGCAUUGAUAACUUGGAACAGCUGGCUGAUGGCAAGUCUUAUGUAUGUGGGUCUUUUCCAAAAUUAAAAAGGAUUAAUUAUGGCUGCGCGCCAGAUGGUUCAGUUAGAAAAUGUCAGGUUAAUAGAAAUUUCAUUCCUUCACAAAAUUCUAUAAAAAUGAGGGUUGAAACUGAUAGACCUCCUGCAAAUGUUAAACCUAAAAUCAUUACUAUUAUACGAAAUGGAAUUGGUCGCCCAAGAAAAUGUGUUAAAGUUCUUCUGAAUAAACGUACUGCACAAGUUUAUGAUCAAGUUUUAAAUGAUAUAACCUCAGCAGUUGGCGUUGAUGGAAGUUCUGGUGUGAGAAAGUUGUUUAAUACAAAUGGCCAGUUAGUCAUGAGUUUAUCAGAAUUAUUUGGAGAAGAAGACGUUUUCGUAGCAGUUGGAAGCGAAAAGUUCCGGUUUACAGAAAUCCCAUACAUGCUAGAUGAACUUGGUUUAAGCAAGCAGCGAAGAAAAAAUAAGCCAAAAUCAGUCCCACUGCCACCUACAAAACGAAGUCCACCCAAAACCACACCUGACAAACGACCUACAGAAAUCCGAACAUUAAAAAAAUUGCCAGAUAUAAAGAAAAAAGAAAAGGAGGCAAUAAUUGAGAAUGUUGAAGAAAAUAAAAAAAUGAAAGGUUCGGUCAGAGAAAAUUUGAAAAAAGAAGCUAAAAAGGUUACUGAGGAUAGUAUUGACCAUAUUGUAUUUAGUGAUAACGAAAUUGAAAAUGUAGUGGCCACUGUAGUGGCCAAUGUGCAAUCUCCUGUCUCAUCAACUAAAUUAUCAUCAGCAAGUGAAAAUGAAAAGUCAUCAAAAAGUAGCAAAUCCACAAUAAGCAGCAAAUCAACGAAAAGUUUGAAAUCAGAAAAUUCAUCAAUUUCAUCUUCUACAAAUGUGUCUGAAAUGAAAAAGGUUAUUAUUGAUGUAGUCGAAAAUGAUGAGAACAAUAACAAGUCUAAUGCAAAUGUCAAUCCUGAAAUUUCUCAUGUGGAUUUAGAGUCAGAUAAUAGUUCUGUGGAAACUGAUGAUGAAGAAGAUAAAGAUGUGGUUGAUAGUAUUGGAGUUAAUAAAGGUAUAGAAGACAAAGUUAUCAACUCCGAAGAUAAUGAUGAUGAUGACAGUGAUCAUAUUGACAGCAAAGAUCAUGAUGACAUUGAUAGUAAGGACAAUGCUGAUUCAGUGGAGAGCUCCUCCACAGAUACAGUUACUGUUCAAAGUACUCAUAGUAGUAAUAGCAAAUUGCCUUCAGUCAAAUCCCCUUUGUUAAAUUAUUCAGUUGCAAAGAGAGAUGUCACACGUAUAAGUGAAAGAGUAGAUACAAGUGAAAAGUUAUUUGAACUUUACGAUUUUGGAGCAAAAUUAGGAGAUGGGAAUUUUGCAGUGGUUAAGGAAGGUGUUGACAAAAAAACUGGAGAAAAAUAUGCCAUAAAAAUAAUUGAUGGUGCGAAAAUUAAAGGGAAGGACGCACUACUUCGAAAUGAAAUUAAAAUCCAGCAAGAAUGUUUUCAUCCGAAUAUUGUUCAAUUAUAUCAUGAUUAUCAUUCUCCUACAGAAAUAUUUCUUGUAAUGGAAUUAAUAUCUGGUGGUGACUUUUUCGAUUUAGUUGCACAAAACGUGAAGUUUGAGGAAGAAGAGGCAGCUGGUUAUGUAAGAGAUUUGUGCAGUGGUCUGGAUUAUCUUCAUCAGAGAAAUAUUGUUCAUAGAGAUAUUAAGCCAGAGAAUUUAAUGGUUUACGAGACUUCAGGUGGUCAGCAGAUAAUAAAACUUGCUGAUUUUGGUCUUGCUAUGAAAGUAACGCAGCCUAUUUUCACAAUAUGUGGCACACCAACUUAUGUAUCACCAGAAAUUUUAAUGGAAAAGGGUUACGGGCUUGAAGUUGAUAUGUGGGCUGCUGGUGUUAUUAUUUAUAUUAUGCUUUGUGGCUUUCCACCAUUUCGAAGUCCGAAUCGUCAACAAACUGAAUUAUUUGAUAUGAUUGAAGCAGGAGAAUUUGAAUUUUUGGAGCCAUAUUGGGAUGAUGUAUCAGAUUUAGCAAAAGAUUUGAUAAAUAACAUUUUAGUUGUUGAUGUUGACAAUCGCUUUAAAGCUAGUCAAGUGUUUUCCCAUCCAUGGCUGGAACAGUAUAAUUUAAGUCGCAACAACACAAUGGAAUGGUCACCAAAGAAAAAGAACCGGUUUAAGACAAUGGCAAAAGGCGUUCAAUCAUUACAAAGAAUGAAAUUCUUACUAGAUUUGAAACUUCAAAGGGGAGAAAAUUUUAUUACUCAUGUUAGCUCACAUGCUAGUUCACAAAGUCAUCAAGAAACUUAGUUGGCAUAAGUACUGUUUACAAAGUUACUGUUCAAAUAUUGCAGUUUUAUUGUUUUCUACUUACUUUGUGGUAUGAUUUUUUUGGUUAAAAAAAAUAAUCCUGGGUUAAAGCUUUUUUAUAAAUGCGUUGUGCAAUAUUUUUAUGGAUACGAAUAUUUACCAAAAAAAAUUAUAUGAAGAUUUUUAUUUUGCUGAUUCUUUAUCUUUCCUUUUUUACUUUUGCUCGGAUAUCCAACUUUUACUUUCAUAUUUAUACUUUUGCUUCUGUUACCUUCUGUUUCACUAGUUUUUUAUAACUUUUUCAACUUUAAUGACCAAAGCUUAUUUGUUACCUCUAUGAAAAUGAAACUAAUGUGUACCACCUUUAGGA